AUGGUCUGUCGUAACAGUACAAGAGAAUUUCUACCGUAUGAACAAUUCUUUAAAACAGAAGAUUUUAUACGAUCAUUGUAUGCACUGGAUGAAGUACGUGAUUUAAUGAAACAUAUUGAUUGUCAAAUAUGUCAUUGCGGUGUACUGAUGGUUAACGAAACAAUGUAUUCAAAACAGAAAUGUGAACAGUGUAAACGUUGGUUCUGUUUCUUCUGCAAUAAAGAUUGGAAAGAGGAAGAAAUGAAAAAUGAUCAGUAUACAUGUCAUAAUCAUUGUGUCUAUGAAACAAAAUUAGGAUAUGAUCUUGUUCCGCUGGUUGUGAAUUCUCAGUUACGCGUUCCAAGUCGUCGUUGCUGUCCAAAAUGUUUUACACUCGGUGGCUACGACGCAAAAUGUAAAUAUCAUCAGUGUAGUGUUUGUAAACAUCGUUUCUGUUUUAUCUGUUUGGAAACAGAAGAUCAGUGCAGUAAAGAUCCACUUGAUUAUAUGAAAAAAUGUAAAGAUGUUAAAUUUGUCUUCGAAGAAUUAACUGAUGGCACAACCUAUACAGCUAGCCUGAUACAUUCAUUUACAUUAGACCAUUUUCGUAAUUCAGUACCAGUACUAGGUGAUUUAGGUAAAUAUCGUCUGUUAAUCGAUGAUACACAAUUGUGUUUGGAUAACGAAAAUAUAUUUAACACACAGAAACGUCUUUUGUACAACGGCGUUAAAGUUACAUUACUUGACCGCACCUAUAAUGGUACCUUGAUUGAAAAAACAUUAUUAAAAGAAAUUGUAUUAGAAGAUUUAAAAACAGAACUGCCAAAAUUAACUAAAGUAACUGCUGUCUGCAUGUUUUGUAUGUGCCAGGAGCAGUGUAGUAUUAUUCACUGCACACAUGUUUGUGCUGAUUGCUUUAACAAUUAUCUGGAACAGACUGAUAUGCAACUGAAAUGUUUAAAAGAAAGUAGAAAUCCUGCGGAUGAAAAACGUAUUUGUAAUACGGUUGUUGAAUACAAAACAUUUUUUAAGACACCAGAGUUUAUUGAUAAAUGGUCAAUACUUUGUGACAUCUAUAAAUACGGACUAAAAAUGGUUUUAAACUUAACAUUUACUUUACUGGCUGGUAAAACUAUUGUUAAACAAAUUAAUGAAGAUAUUCAGCGUGAAGAAUUUAUUGAUAUUGUGUCUCAUUUCAUAGCAAACACCGAUGCACAUCGUUUUAUUGUCAAUGGCAAACAGUUAGACUUGUGCGAUGAUGAAAAUUUCGAGAAACAAAAAAGGUUUUUAUUAAAAAACGGUACAACUGUUUAUGUUCUCGAGCGCAUGAUCGGAGGUGGGUUUGUUGAAAUGUCAAUGUUAAUUGCUAUAAUCCUAGGGGAAAUGGAACAGGAACUUCAUAAACUAGAAACAUCAAUGGAUAAUGAGAGUCCCUGUGCUGUAUGCAAAGAAGAACCUGUGUGCUUGAAACUCUGUUGCAAUCGUGUAUGUAAAGAAUGUUUUUGUAUGUACUUUGAUUCUUGUAAUCUAAAAUUGAGAUGUAUGGUGUGCAAACGACAAAUUCCGUACGAACAAAUUUUCAAAACAGCAGAAUUCAUUAAAUCCUUGGAAUCACUAGACGAAAUACGUGAUUUGAUGAAACAUAUUGACUGUCAGAUUUGUCGCUGUGAAGAAGAGGAGCUCUGUAAAACAAAAUAUCAAUCAAAUUAUCAACAUAAAUGUACAGAUUUAAAGGAACAACAUUUUAAAGAUUUUUCUACAAUUAUUCAACAUUAG